AUAGUAACGCGGAAGUACGCGUGUUCCAAAGAUGUCUUUGUUGUCAAUGAUACGGCCUUGCUUCUCCAAGUCUUUACGGAAUUUAACCUUGGUGCUUACCUACGUAGGCAUUCCAAUAAUGUGAACGAUAUCACAAGGUGUUCAAGAGUACCGUUAACUGUCUACAGCUUAGGAAUUCGGUGCUGCGACGAAAGGCUACAAUGAGCGUGUCCGAAAUAGCAGAGUUUUUGGAGACUCCCACUGGAAAAGACAAAAUGAUAAGGACGCUAUGUUACGCCGCUAAACUUACAUCUGCGUUGGUUAAAUCGGAAUCUGCAUCGGAAAAAUUAAAUUCUUUCGGCAGUCAACUGAGUAACUGUCGUGUUAUAUUACGGCUGUUCGAUGACUUCCCACAACUAAGUUGUACACUGGAGUAUGGUCUUGGUGCACAGGAACGUGAUGUCUAUCUCAGAUUUUUCAAUGUGCUCAGGAAUUUGGUAGACCAAGCGUUCUUUCCAAUUGAACACAUAGAGUGGCUGGCAGAUAACAAUUACAUUAAUGUUCGGAGUGAACCAUGGGCUGUAUGUAGCACUUGGUGCUGGGUUAUCUCACUGGCCUUGUCACUGAUGAAGUCACUUAGAACCAUCAAAAAUAUGAAUAAGCGAAAAAAGUCUCUGAAGGAAGUAGACUCAGAGCACAAGGAUGCAGUUGGUAUGGCAGCAAAGAGACGACGUGAAGUUCUGAGUGCUGUCCGUAAUGUGAUAGACCUGAUCCAUGCUAUACAUUGUCUUCCUCCUGGCUUCCUAUGGUCGAGUCGCCUAAGUAGGUUGCAGGUUGGAACUGUGGGAACACUGUCAUCUCUGCUCGGUCUUUACAUGGCUGUUACAUCAUUCCGAGCCAGCAGGGCCUGAGCACAUUCAACCGAUGUUUCCUAUAGGGCAGCGUCUGCAAACAGAACAACUGUUGCAGAUCUCUACAAAGUCAGACUGUUAUACAUAGCAUAAAUCUUUAGUCUCAGUAAAAGUGUUGGAUGCACCUGCUCUCGAUAACUGGCAGUUGCCUAGUAUUAUACAAAUGUAAAUAGCGCUAAAAUACCUUUAAAAGAUGCAUCUACCUGUUCUUGGUGUAAAGUAAUUUUGUGUUUAAAUAGUUUGGAGCUUGUGGGCAAAUGACACAGGUUGAUGAUAAACAUUAACAUGUGCUAGCUCUGCACAUUUGUAGCAAUCUUUAGUCUGUGAACUACCUUGAUGCAGCAAAUUGCUCCUUGAGGCACGAGCUACAGAUUUGAAGUGAAGAGGACAUGCUACUGUAUGGUUGAAAACUAGCGUAUUAACUUCUUCUUGCUCUUUGCUUCUCUAAACUUCCUUUGAAUUUCUAUGCCUCCAGAUUUCUCACAUAUGUAGUACUUCAUCUUGGGUAAUAGUGUAUUCAGUUCCCUCUCAAAUUCUGGUAUCUUGUCAAUCCAGCUCAUUCUAGUUGUGAGCAAAGGAUUUUGUUUAAAGAUCUGUCCAUGCGGUGUCUCUGGUGUAGGCAUGUCAUUUGAAGGUUUUGAGGUUGCUUAAUUGGGCUCAAAUGUCCAACUGUUAGGUGUUAUAUUUGCAUUCUCGAUACCUGCAAACUACGUGCCUCACCAGAGACACCAUACAGGUAGGUCUUCAAACCAAACCCUUUCCCCACAACUAGUAAAAAAUGGCAGAAGCGAUUUGACAGCAUACCAGAACUUAAAUCUGUAUUGUUUGUAGAAUGUUGUAUAAGCCAACCUCUGACCUUUAACAGAUCUCCUAUAGUAUAGAAAUAUGAAUAGUACAAAAAUGUCUACAUAUGUCUAAAACAAAUGUAACAUUUUUUGAGCUUGUCUUCCAGUUUUAGUUCUCAAUGCAGAUAAGGAAUGUUGGCAAGUGCUAGUGGUCUAAAGUAAAUAAUAGAAGGAAAAAGGUGAUGGCAAUUUUCAAAUCUACAAGCACAAGAUACUAUUGGCAAUUUAGGUUGGCAAUUUUAAGUUAAAGUAUUGCACACCUGUAUAUACAUUCUAAAUUUUUAAUUCACACCGUGACCAGCUUCGGAUUUUUAAAUGUCAAAAACAAUAUUUACAUAUAGAUGUAAAUCAGAAAUACACCUCAUCAUUACAAGUUAUCAAUUUUGCUGUUAGAGGUAUAUUGUAAGCUUGUUGCUUUUUUAAAAUCCAGUUGUCACUGCAGGAUGUGCUUAAUAUAUUUUCUCUUGUCAUUGCUUAUUACAAGAAUGAGUGAAGCUAUUACAGCCUGAUAAUGCAAGUGAUAGAAGGUAAUCAUUGACUGCAAAAUUGAGCUGUAGACAAACAUGAAGUAGAUUGAAAAAGUUGCUGACCUAAGAAACAAAGCAGUCUUGGGCUGGGCUCACACUGUUGUCCUAUCUAGCUGCCCCUCCACCACCCAACCCACUAUAUCCUGUGAUACACAUGACUUUAACUCAACAGGAGGACAUUGUCCAAAAUCUCAGGAACUUUUGCUGUCUUUAAUUUUUAUAUUUUUUUCGACUAGCCAGAGGCACAUGCUGAAAGCAGAGUCUGUUGUGUUGACACCUAGUGAAGGCAUUGCCAAAUGAAACAGUGGAAAAUCCAGUAUGGAAUAAUGAUAGUAUUGUGAAAAGGAUAGAUUGUCACUCAUCAUAUAGAGAGAUGUUAAGUUGUGGACAGGCACAACAAAAGGACUGCUAGACAUAAGAGUUUCGGCCAUAUGGCCCUCUUCUAAUAUUGACAACACACACAAACUCACACACACAAGCACAACUCAAACACAGCUACAAUAUAUGUUGAGUAACACUAUCCUUUUCAUAAUAUAGUGAAGGCAGUGUGAAACCCUCAUGUUAGGGGGCUGAUGACCUCAGAUGUUAAGUCCCAUAGUGCUCGGAGCUAUUUGAAACACUCAUGUUAAGUGUCAAACAAAUGUAAGAUAACUGUAUUGUGAGUGGUGAGUUUUACACCUUCCAUAAUUUGUACUCCACCCAAGGCCUUCCAGUACCAAGCUAAGGUUAAGGUCGUACUUUGCAGAGUGUUGUGAAUAAAGUUGAAAAGUAAUAUGUAAAUGUACAAAUCCAAUACAAAAGAACAAUGGGAAUGUAAAUGAUGGAAAUGUCGUAUGUCCUUGGAACCUAUUGUACGCAACUGUUCUAAUGAAUUAUGGAAUCACCUUUCAACCUUGCAUGUGGGUUCCAGUUACUUCAUCUUUGUUAACUAAUGUGUGUACCAAAUUUUAGCAACAGGAAAAGUUACCAAUGUUAAUGAAAGACUGAUUGCCUUGAUUUUAUGUUUGUGAUUGUACUCUUUCCUGUUUUUAUAUAUUUGACAUACUUUUUAGAUUCUAAUUUGUCAAAGAUAACUGUAUUUUCAAUCAAUCUGACAAGCAUGUUCCAUGUUGCACAUAACAUCUGGACCACUUUUGUUUUCUAGGUCUUAUCAGUUGUCUCUCCAAUUUCUGUAUUAACUACAUCUCUUCCAGUUACAUUUGUUCCAAGUGAAUGUCGUAGAACUAUAAAAAUUAAAUGUCAAACAUGAGAAAUGUUUUCACUUAGCUGACACCCACUUCUACCAUUACUUUUUUCACUAAAUUGACUGAAAGCAGACUGAAGGCAAUGAUUAUUAUUUUCACACUAACAUGCCGAAAAUACAUUACUGUUUCAUUUUUUCCUAUUACAUUGACAUCACAAUAAAGUAAUCACGUGAUAAUGUACUUUGCAGGAACUGGACUACGCUGACUCAGUUUCAGAAAUGAGUGAAAAUUACGGUGAAUAAAUAUUUAGAAAAGUUGUAGUCUAUCAAAUUUGAAUACGUCAGACAUUAUCAGUAACACAAUUUACUACCACACCCUUUACGGUACAGUGGAACAUGUACUCAAUUAACUCAGUUUUUCCCCUGCAAAAACAGUUUUUGGUAAAGAUUUGGUGGGUGGGGGAAUAGCAAGAAAAUUAUGUUUGUGUGUGUGCAUGCAUGUGUUUGUGUGUACUGAAUCUUCAAAUGAUGUAUUUAUGGUCUUCCAAGCCUAGAACUUAAUGUUACACAAAGUUGCUAUAUGUGCUUCGUUGCUUAAUCUUGCCAUAUUUUAAAUUUUUGUUGAUGAAUUAGUCCAAAAAGUUGAAGUAUUUCUAGAAUUAUUUUUUGUGUAUUGUUUUUACAGUUUAUGGUUGUGACACCUUUUGCUGCAAUAAGUCUUCAAAUGGGCCAAACUAAUUAUUUCUUUUGCCACAAAUUUGAUCUUAUUUCUAAUUGUAGAAUUGUCUCUGAAUAUUUUUCUGCAUGACAAAUGAAUGGAAAUAUGCAAAUUAAACCAACUUUCGGACAUCAGUAUCAGAGAGAGUAACAGCUGCUAAACCUAAGUGUGCAAUACCUGUAUGUGAUAUUCUGUUGACAUCCUUACCAAUAUUCAGAAACAUCAAGUUUACUUAUUACCAUUCUUCCAUGUUCUGCUGCUCUGUGUUCCAUCCAGUCUUGUUAACGCCAGCAGGACGAAAGAGAGAGGUUGUCGUACUUACACAUGCUAGUAGUAUGAAAAUGGUCUCGUGUGUUUUUUGGAUUGUCCACAGUGCUCAGUAGCAAUACUUUGAAAUAAAACAAAAUAUUCCUAAAAAUAAAGACUUAUUGAAGUUGUGAAAGACUAUAAAAUACAUGUAUUGUGUUGUGUGUAUAUAUUGAGCUGAUUGCUUUAGUGACAUUGGUCGUUAUUAGGCCUGUUUACAGUUUGUAUACAGUAUUCUAAACUGAUCUUUUACUGUGACUAUUGUAACACUACUGGUAAGGUAAUAAGGUUGGUGGAAAUUGUCGUGAAAAGGAACAGCCUCUAUGCAUUUAUAUAUACACGUGCCAUCUGUCUGGAAAUAUUGUAUGGUGGAAGUGAUAUUGGUGGUGACGGUAGUAACAUUAACUCUCCAGACAGCAUCUAUCAUUAGUACCAAGUAUUCAGCAGAAAAAAGUUAUCUUUACAAAAUAUUUGCUCAACCUUGAGAGCAUUCCACUGAUAUUGUCCCCAAUUUUGUACAAUGUAUAAGAAUACCAUGUUAAAAAAAAUAGGUGAAUUUUAGUAUACAAAUAAAUUUUAUUUUUUCAUAUGCA